CCCUCAUUCACUCUCCAGAAUACUCGUCACUGUGCUUCGUCCGCUCCCUUUUCUCCAAAGCAACGCCAAAAAUCUGAAACCCUAAUUUCACAUCAUCAUCAUCAACAAUGGCCCCGCCGCUCCUCCUCCUCCGCCUUCUGCCGUUCCGGAGCCCAACAUGGUGCCAGAGACGGCGCCGGUGGGCUACCCUCUGUUCUCCAGGAUCCGCCUAGCAACGCCGUCUGAUGUCCCCUUCAUCCACAAGCUGAUCCAUCAAAUGGCGGUCUUCGAGCGGUUGACUCACCUGUUCUCCGCCACCGAGUCCGGACUCGCCUCCACGCUCUUCAACUCGCCGCCAUUUCAGUCUUUCACCGUCUUCCUCCUCGAGAUCUCCCGCUCCCCAUUCCCUCACCUCGCAUCCUCCGAUUUCACGCCGUUCCUAAAGACCCAUAACUUUGAUCUCCCGACCGAGGAUCCGGAGAGAUUGGUGUUCACGUCGGACCCGGGAAACGACGUCGUUGUUGCCGGGUUCGUCCUGUUCUUCCCGAACUACUCGACGUUUCUGGCGAAGCCUGGGUUUUACAUUGAGGAUAUAUUCGUGAGGGAUUGCUACCGGAGGAAAGGGUUUGGCCGGAUGCUGCUAACGGCGGUGGCGAAGCAGGCGGUGAAGAUGGGUUACGGAAGAGUUGAAUGGGUUGUGCUCGAUUGGAAUAUGAAUGCGAUCAAGUUUUAUGAACAGAUGGGUGCUCAGAUUAUGCAGGAGUGGAGGGUUUGUCGGCUCACUGGAGAUGCACUUCAAGCUUAUAGCAAGGUAAACAUGUAGAUUCAUGAACUUUGAGCCAUCGAUCACUCCCAUUAUUGCUGAGUUUUAAUUCUCUUGUUCCUUUCAUUGUUCUGCUAUGAGAUAAUGAGCGAUAUAAAUCCUGGAUUUUAUGGGGUUCUCCAUGUAAGACUUGAUGAUGAUAAUUUUACCUGCCAGUGAUACUGAUGAAAAUCUCUCAUUGAAAUGAAACCUGAUGUUUAAGCUCUU